GGGCUUUGCAAUUGCAUCGCGGGAGAAAACAGGGAAGGCUUCAGGGGUGCAACAGCAGGCAAAAGCGUUGCAGCCGGAUCCUGGGAAGGUUUACUCACAACAGGGGAUGAGGAUGUUGAGGAGCUGCAUCAUCUAUCGCCCAAUGAAGUCAAGAGUGAAGAUGUGAGAGGAACUUUCAAGAAUCAAGGCAGACCUUAGUGGCAGAAAGGCAGCCACGUGGUCAAGAAGGGGAAUGAACCCAUUCCUUGCCAAGCGGGAAAUUUUUGUGAAGUAAUUCACAUGGUGGAAGAAACAUACAAAAGCUUGGAGUGUGGAAUGAACUUCUCAGAUAAAACCCAAUAUUAUAUCCAUUUGCAAAUGCACAGUGUAAAGGAGAUCCAUCCAUUUUUGGAGUGUAAAAAGAGCUUCCUUCGUAGGGCAAAGCUCUUUGUACAUCAAGAGACAGAUGCAGGAGAGAGACAUUAUGGGUGACGGUUUCUCACAGAAAUUAGACCUUAUUAAACACCAAAGGAUUUAUUCAGGAGACAAGGAAAAAUCUUUUAAAUGUUUAGAGUGUGGAAAGAGAUUUAGUCAGAGUGGCAAUCUUCUACAACAUCAAAAAAACCACACAGGGGAAAAACCAUUUGAAUGCUCAGAAUGUGGAAAGAGAUUCAGUCAAAGUAGAGAUGUUCAGUGGCAUCAGAGAAUCCACACAGAUGAGAAACCUUUGGAAUGCUCUGAAUGUGGAAAGAAAUUCACUGUGCGUGGUAGUCUUCUAAAGCAUCAAAGAACACACACCGGGGAGAAACCUUUUGAAUGUUCAGAAUGUGGAAAGAGAUUCAAUCAGAGUGGCAAUCUGUUAAAGCAUCAAAGAAUCCAUACAGGGGAAAAACCUUUUGAAUGCUCAGAAUGUGGGAAAAGAUUCACCGAAAGUGGCAGUCUUUUAAAGCAUCAAGAAACCCAUAGACAGGAAAAAUCUUUUCAGUGUUCAGAGUGGGGAAAGAGAUUUAGUCUGAGUAGAGAUAUUCAGCAGCAUCAAAGAAUCCACACAGAUGAGAAACCUUUUGAAUGUUCAGAGUGUGGAAAGAGAUUCACUGAGAGUGGCGGUCUUCUAAAGCAUCGAAGAACCCACACAGGAGAGAAACCGUUUGAAUGUUCAGAGUGUGGAAAGAGAUUCAGUCAGAGUGGAAGUCUUCUAAAGCAUCAAGGAACUCACACCGGGGAGAAACCUUUUGAAUGUUUAGAUUGUGGAAAGAGAUUCAGUCUGAGUGGAAGUCUUCAAAAGCAUCAAAGAACACACACUGGGGAGAAACCUUUUGAGUGUUCAGAAUGUGGAAAGAGAUUCAGUCAGAGUUGCAAUCUUCAAUUGCAUCAAAGAAGCCACACCGGGGAGAAACCUUUUGAAUGCUCAGAGUGUGGAAAGAGAUUCAAUCAGCGUAGCCAUCUUCAACUGCAUCAAAGAAGCCACACAGGGGAGAAACCUUUUGAAUGCUUAGAAUGUGAAAAGAGAUUCACCAAGAGUGGCCAUCUUCUAAAGCAUCAAAGAAUCCACACUGGGGAGAAACCUUUUGAAUGUUCAGAGUGUGGAAAGAGAUUCAGCCAGAGUGGAACUCUUCUAAAGCAUCAAAGAACUCACACUGGGGAGAAACCUUUUGAGUGUUCAGAGUGUGGAAAGAGAUUCAGUCAGAGUGGCAAUCUUCUAAAGCAUCAAAGAACUCACACCGGGGAGAAACCUUUUAAGUGUUCAGAGUGUGGAAAGAGAUUCAAUCAGAAUGAAAAUCUUCUGCAGCAUCAAAGAACCCACACAGGAGAGAAACCUUGAGUGCUCAGAGCAUGGAAGGAUAUUCUAUCGGAGUAGCACUCUCCAACAACAUCAAAGAAACCACACAGGAGAAGCUUUUGAAUGCUCUGAGUUUGGAAGGACAUUCAGCUGAAGAGCCACACACACACACAACCUUUAUUGGCAUAGUAGGGAAGAAUACAAAACCUGAGGGGGAUUAGAGGGAAAAAUAGAAAUAGACUGUCAUCAGGAGUUCUCUGAUACAAGCAGCAUAGCAAUACAUAAAUAGAAUCAAAGCUUGACUAGGAACAGUAGAAACAUAAUCUUCCCCUAUCUGACUCCUUUACCACUUUUAAUUUCUGUCUUUUUCACUGCUAGAGCCAAGAUCUCCAUCUCCUGCUCAGUGAUUGAAGAACAUUGAUCAGCUAGUAAGAAUUCUAUCCAUCUGUUUGUGGCAAGAUUUGGGGUUAGAAGCGGUUUGAUUAGGUGGCAUCGGUGUGGAGUAAGCAACAGGCAAUCUAAUGAGAUACGUCGUAUAGAGUCAGGUUCUCUGCCACACCUGCACAGUCUCUGUUCAUAGAAGAUACCCUUAUAACUGCCAGAAGCCACAAAUGAAGGGAAUAUAUUAAGCCUGGCCAACAUAAAAGCUUGACGUUGGUGAGGGUUUAUUAAAUUUGAAAAAUACUGAGCCAUGCAAUUUUGGGAAAGGGAGAGGCCCAGGCAAAAACAUGCCCUUUGCUCCAGCGAUUAUUACUUGGGAAUCAAUAUCCGAUGGAGCAAUUGGAAUAUAUAUGAUUUGUUGGAAUAUAUAUGGUCCUUGGCCCAGGGGUUGGGGUCCCCUGUUGUGAUGGACUCAGGUAGUUAGCCUGGUAGCUGGGAACAACUUGCACUGCUUGGCUGGGCCGCAGCCAUGGUUACCAAAAUGUAUCAAUUUGCAAAGAGGCUUGCAGGGGGAAAACACCUCAGAGUUCAAUUCAGUCUGAGUGCUGGAGGAGUUCAGUCCUGGUACUGACGCUGUUCAGUUGUGAGAAGCAACACUGGGAAGGAGCUGUGGGCUGA